CAUCAACACUAUUGCAUUUGGGGGCGUGGAUUUGGAGGUCUGAUUGAUUGAUGUGUUGGAUGAUAGAAGCUAGACUAUUUAUAUGGCUUUACUCCCCAGGUAUCACUUUCUGUUAGAGCACUUGUCCCAGAGAGAAGAAACCUAGUCUUCCAAUUUCCAGAGAAUUCAACAUGGGUGCUAUGUCCCUUCCUUCAGACGAGAUUCCCCAGACUCAAACGGUGGCUCUCGUUCGAGAACUGGGUGGCAGUGUGGAAUUCCGUGAAGGCUAUCCCGUUCCUACCCCGGGGUCAAAUGAGGUAUUAGCGAAGGUGCUCUACACAGGUGUCUGUCAGAGUGAUUUACAUACGAAAAACGGCACUGCGGCUGGUGCUGAUGGUAAUCCAAUCACAAAAAUCAAACUCCCGCAUGUUGGAGGCCAUGAAGGUGUCGGGCAAAUUGUGGCUCUGGGCCCCAACUGUGACCCUGACCUGAAGGUCGGCGGACUAGUCGGCAUUCGCUUCGCUAGUCGUAUUUGUAGGAGAUGCGAGUUCUGUUUAGCUGGCACGGAACAGUACUGCGUCAAGGGCACGAACCACCUCCACCAUGAAGACGGCAGCUUCCAACAGUAUAUCGCUUUGGAUGCCGACAAUCUCACUAUCCUUCCUGACGAUAUAGAUCCAAAGGUUAUCGGGCCGGUGCUGUGUGCUGGAGUCACAGCGUACAAGGCUGUUCUCAAUGCGAACAUCCGGGCAGGCAACUGGCUCGUCGUUGUAGGUGCCGGAGGUGGCCUUGGGCAUCUAGCUGUACAAUAUGCCAAGGCACAGGGAGCACUGGUGAUCGGCGUUGAUGCUGCUGACAAACGAGACUUUGUCCUUGGUUUGGGGGCUACAGAGUUCAUUGAUUUCACAUCAACGGAUCCGGUGCAGCGAGUUCAUGAAAUUACCGGUCUUGGUGCGCAUGCCGUUGUGGUGACUGCGGGAAGUGCCAAAGCUUUCGCCCAUGCUUGUGACAUGCUGCGAGUUGGAGGUACUCUAAGCUGCGUUGGAAUCCCGCCGGGCCGUCCAGUACUGGAGACUCCUAUUUGCACAAUCGUAAUCAAAGGCCUCCGGGUUACCGGAAAUCUUAUCGGCUCACUGAAAGAGUGCAUGGAGGCAGUGGAGUUGGUCCGGCGUGGGGUUGUCAAACCGGAAAUCAAAGUUCGCACGUUCAAGGAGUUGCCUGAGGUGUACGAGGAGAUGGAGAAGGGUGAUAUUGCAGGUAGAAUUGUCCUUCAAGUUUCGCAAUAGCUUACUCGUGCUGUAUAGUUUAGAGAAUAGCAGUUCUGCACUUCGUUUUUUCUCUUCGACAGGAUCAGACACUUUCACCCACUUUCUAUCCGUAAAGAUUCCAGUGCGAGUCAGCGUCCUCCUCAGGAGAUUCCACCUCUUCUCCAGUGUUGUAAGCGUUAUCCUUAUCGUUAUCGAAUGGCCAAGGGUUAUAGUUCAAUCUCAAUAAGCGCGCAGGAGCCUUAACC